AUGUGCCUGGUACUAAUAAUCUAUUUCCUUGUAGACUUUGUUCACACCAUCUGUCAUGCCCUCAUGUAUCGUGGUGCUUGCAUUUUUUCGAUACAUAUGUUGAAGCUAGAUGUGAGAGAAUUGGCGAUUCAAUUCGGUUGUGUUCGGAUUAUACCUUAUGUUUGUGACCGUCUUAAGCUAAACACAAGGUACAUUUGUAAUAAUCUCAAUACAAACACAUGGCAUGUGGUUAUAUAUUGUAAUGACAUGAUUUGUGAUUGUUCUUUGCAGCUCAAAGUUGAUAAGAUUAAGCUAAUUGAACUCUGUGGUACAUCUGAAGCUGAAUUUUCCAGUGUUUCUACUACUAUGAAAGAUUUGUGCCAUGAUGUUUUUGGGGUAGCUAAAGAAAAGAAAGAUCCUAAAGAAGUUAAGACCAAUAGAGGUAUGUUCUUUCCUGCUUUUCCUGCUCUUUGUGCAGAUUUGCUUGAUGUCUUACCAAGCAAAAGAAAAGCUGAGGACGGUGGCUAUUUGUCUGAUGAUGGAGCAGAGGGAACUUUAGAUUGUAGGAUAUGAUAGAAGAUUAUCAAUUUGGUUUGGGGCCUUAGAACUAUAUGCGGCAUGAUUGCCUAAAGAGGGACCUGGAGUUUGAAGUUAUCAACCAAAUUAAUGGAAAAAAGGAGUUGUGAUUAUUUUUGAAUUAUUGUUUAGAGGAAGAGAGAAAUAGAUUGAGUCUAUGUAUUGAUGUUUUUCUUUAAACUAUAUCCUAAUGUACUCUUGCAUC